GUAAGAGUACAACAUCGUGUAAUAUCUCUCCGGCUAAAUAUGAAUCUGCAUCUUUACAAUCGUAAUAUCUAUGAUAAAGAUCACGAGCACAAGCUGCUAGAUUUGGACCAAGCACAUAUCUGUUCGAUACAUCGUAUAAAAAAACUUUUCAAUCUCUUUUUACAUUAUUAUUAUUAUUAUUAUUAUUCUUAUAAAAUAUAUUAGUACGUAUAUAAGUAUAUAACUAAAGAUUUCUCUUUAAUUAGACUAAUUAUUAAAAAUGAUAAAGAAUAUAACUUACAAAGCAGAAAUAGGAUCUAACAGACUCGUAUCAAAAUCCAAAAACAAUUUCCCUUUUUUUGUAAAACCUUUAACAGAAUUUCCAUAGGCAACAAAAAUUUUAUCUCUCGCAGUUUCCAUAGAACCUCCAAGAAUCAUUUUAUUAAUUUUUGGUCCAGGUAGAGAUUUGAAUAAUGCUUGUAAUUCUCCUUUCUUCAUUCCUAUUUUAGGAAAAGAAUACAAUCUUUUUUUAAAUACAGAUUAUUUAGUAUAAUUGAAACAAUAAAUAAAUUUGACCAUUUACCAAAAACUUGUAGUAUACCAUCGUGAUCACCAACAACAAAUUUUUGUGUUUGUUUAGGAUCUGUUGGAGGUAAAAUUCUAGUUGUACCACGAGAAGUAACACCUACAGACACGUAAUCAACACGUGAAAGUGCUAUUGUCAUUUUUACGAAUUUUCUUAUUUAGUGUAUCGGGGAAUUACUUAAUUGUGAAGAAAAGAAGUUGUUUCUUAUUAUCAAUUAAGGGGAAGUUUAUAUUCUUAUAAAAUGGAGAGUACAUCACAAGUGGGUUUUACAGAUCAUCAUUGGGAACAAAUGGUACAUAAAGCUGUAGCAUAUCAACAAGAUUUUUACGAAUUACUUCCAAGCUGGACCACAUGUAAAAAGGAUGAUAUCAAAUUCAUUAAGCAGAACAUAGGAUAUGCAAUAUUUGGUUCACCACUUUUUGAAAAAACUUCAGAUUCUAAAGAUAUUUUAAAUUUUGAUAUUAAUAAUAUAACCGAUGAUACGGAGAUAAAUGAAGUUAUCCAUUAUAGUCCUAACGCCGAACGCCUUAUAAAUAUGAUUUUUGAUAAGAUAUGGAAACAUGGUAGACGACUUAAAGAUGAUGUUAUAAAUUAUGGAAUCGUAUAUAACAUACUUUUUCGUAAUAAAAUAAAUAAACCAUCCAAAAUGAACAACGAAGAAGAAAUAAUAGCUGUACCUGUAUUUAAAAUACAACACUACAAUGAUGAUUUACAAACGAAAAGCAAUACAAAUAAUGAAAACAUUUAUACUGUUUGGUAUAUAGAUAUUAAGGGUAGAUUAUACAAAAGUUGGGAAAAUUAUAUAUCGAAGAAUAAUUUACCAAAAUGUACAAUGGUCUUUCCAAAAAAUGGUUACUAUCAACCAAAUCCUGAAUAUAAAAUUAUUUCCGAUGAUUCUAUUGUAUGGAUUAUCAUUCAAGACUCUUCUAUGUGUUCUACUCAGGCAAGUAUUUUAUCUAAAGUUAACACUACGAUUAAUAUAGCAGGGAGUGCUGCUACUUUGGGAUUAGGAAUUGCAACAAUCUUUACUCCUGGCUCUCCAUUAAUUGCUUUGGCAGGAAUGGCAGCAAUGGGUGUAACUGGUAUUUGGACAAUUGGGAAAUCUUCUACAGAAUUAUAUGAUAGAGCGGUACACGAAGAAUCUAUCAGUCCAUUUAAUCGAAACGCUUUGUCUGCUUGGCUUGGUAUAGCUGGAAGUACUGUGGGAAUAGUACUUAGUGGUACUACAGUUCUUUUGAAGAAAGCUGCUACAGCAGGCUUACAAGUCAAUCGAAUGGCUACGGUAGCGCAUGAUGCUAUGGUAAUAACCAGUAUAUCCAUCAACUUGAUUGGUGUUGGUUAUAAAAGUUUUCAAAUUUUGGAAAAGUUUAAAGAACAAAAAAGAGUUGAUAUUGAGGAUAUUAUUUAUAUCGGAACUCACCUAUUGUUCUUUACGCAUUCUGUGGUAAAUAUAAAAUUUGCUAAACAAAUAAUCGAAUUAACCCAAGGGAAUAUAUUAAACAAGAUUGAAACAGAAUUGCGCAAAGACAAUUUGUGUCAACAUUAUGAAUUCACAAAAAAGAAAACUGAUAUGGGAGUUAAUAAUGAUAAAAUAAUUGAAAAAGAUGCUGCUAUUAUACGAUGGUUUAAAACAAUUACAAUAAAUGACAUGAUGUCUAAUAAUAAUUUGCUUACUAUAUCAAACUGCUUAUUAAGCGUAGAAAGAGGAAAAAUAAAGUUAAAUGGAAUAACGUUAUUAGAUCCAAUAUUGUUUGUGGCCAUGAUAGGAAAAAAUUUGUUAAAGAAGAUCAACGAUUGCGAAGAUCAAUUGAAUACAUAUACAGAUCAACAAACAUAUACAUUAACAAAAUUGCUUGAAAAGUUAUUAUCAGAUUUGUACACAAGCAGAAAUUAUUCAAGCAAUGAACAACCAUGUAUAGUUCCUCAGUUUCGAUCUCUCAUAGAAGAAUUAAAGAAAAUCGAUAAAUCUGAAAAUAUAUUGCCUUUUAUAUUUAAUAUCGCUGUUACCAUAUUACGAAGUAAGAAUCAAUUGGAAUAUUUGGUGGAAGGAUGCCGUUUUGUAUGGGAUUAUAUUAAAAUAAAUUUGAAAGAAACAGGAUAUCAAUUUUCAACUGAGAACAAUUCUGCUGAUAAUAACAAAAUAAUGGAACAUCUUUUUAUAACCAUAUUCGAUGCAGUAGAUUUGAUGAUUCAAGACUUUUUUAAUGCACUUCAGCAAUAUAUACACAUGAUGCGUAGGACGCAUUAAACGUAAAUAUAUCAAAUUUACGUAACUAUAAAUAUUUUAUAUUAGAAAAAUAACAAAUAAUAUCCAUUCUUUGUUUCUUCCAAUUUUUUUUCUGUUCUUUUUUUUUUUUUUAUAUAUAUAUAUAUAUGUAUACAUAGUUGCACAAAUUGCUUCCGUUAGAUUAUUGUAUUAUGUUAUCGCUACAAUAAUGUCUCAUAUAUAUUUGCUAAUACAUUUGCGUUAUAUCAUUUUUACUCGUAUAUUCGUAAUUAAUCAAAAACAAAUAAAUUAUUAUUAUUAUUA